UCGACAUCUAGCGGAGGAAACGGGGAUGUGCUGUUAUUGGUUUGAGCUACUGGUUUUACUUGGAUGUUCACCGACAGAAACUGUAAGCAGUUAUUGUCACACCACCGGCAGAAUCUUCAGUAAUGCGGCUUUUAUGUCGUCGAGUCCAGACUUUUACUCCGAGCUGAUCCCGCUGCAGUCAAGUGGAGACGUCGGGACGCUGGUGUAUGUAAGCGUUGGUGGUAUAGUGGUUAGCAUAGCUGCCUUCCAAGCAGUUGACCCGGGUUCGAUUCCCGGCCAACGCAUAAGCAGUGAGUCCAGACAUGGGCCGGUACGUCUACAGCGAGGCCCACAUCAAGAGUCCAUGGCAUCAAGUUCUGGCUGCUUUCUGGCAACGCUACCCAAACCCAUACAGCACUCAUGUCCUCACAGAGGACGUCCUGUACCGGGAGGUCACCUCCGCCAACCUCUUGUUGUCACGGAGACUGCUGACCAAAACCAACCGGUUGCCAGGAUGGGCGGAGCACAUCUUUCCCACCCACAUGGCGCGGGCCGUCUACGUCCUGGAGGACUCCAUCGUGGACCCGGAAGCCAACACCCUCAUCACCAAGACCUGGAACCUGAACCACAACACCCUGAUGACGGUGGUGGAGCGCUGCAUGAUUGAACAGGACGGCAGUCAACCCACAUGGACCAAACUAAAGCGAGAAGCUUGGAUCUCCUCUUCUGUUUAUGGGCUGGCCCGGCCCAUUCAGGAAUUUGGCGUAGCGCGGUACAAAAGCAACCAAACUCAAGCCAUGAAGGGGUUGGACUACGCUCUGACCAAGAUACAGAGUGAAGAGCUUUCCUGUCUCAAUGGCGACCAGGAAGACUCAGAGAAACCCAAGCCCCGCCCACCAAAUGCCCCGCCCUCUCCAUCCAAGAAACCCAAUCAGUUUGCCUGAAACGGUAACAGGAGUCAACAAAAUCU